AUGGAUGAAGAAAAGACUCACGGACCCAUGGAAAAGGAAGACGGAAGUUUAGAUUUGAUUCGAACAGAAAAAUUAGAAAUGACAUCAAGCGUUGAAAACGAAACUCUCUUUGAAGAGAACAUUGAUAAGUCGUCGUUCUUGGAAAACACCAACAAAUCAGGGGCGGAAGACAACGACUAUAAGCCAGAUAUUGUAACUGCUUGUGAAGCAUUUGAUGAUAACACAUCCGAAGACUUCAACAGUGAACCUGAAGAACUGGAAAACGACGAGAGAGAUGAAGGAGUAGGAUCGUUACUAGAUGAGAUGUCAGCAAGUGCUGACCUAGAGACAACCGCAAGUCUGGAGGGCGACAUGACACAGAUUGUGGAAAAUGAUGUUGACGUGGCAGGCAAUAACGGAGUCAGGGGGUAUAGCACUAUCGAAAACGAAGCGUCGAAAGAGGAACAUGAGGAUAAAAGUGAUGAUACACAAGAAGAAUAUGGUUUAUUAAUGGACGAAGAGAUAACAACAGAUUUUAAAGACGGUUCCAGUGGACCCAAAACUGAGUUUUCCAACCCGGACGCAAACGAUAGUUUGCCAGAGUUUACUGCUGAAACGAGUGAGGACGGCGUAUCCUUACAAUAUGAAGCGCAUAAGAAUGAUGCCAAAGAUGGUAGAGAUGACAGUUUUUUUGACGAGGAUAAUUAUGACGAUAUAAAACCGCACCUCAGUUCAGCUACAAACGAAGAGUUGGCAGAGAAUAACGAUGGACUAUUGCAAGUAUCCGACAGUGAAACUCUGACACCCAGAGACGAAAACAUUGAAAUGGAAAAUUCCCCUGUUUACAAAGAAGCAAAAGAGAACGUACUAGAAAAUUAUAAAGAGUUUGAGAUGUCUGAUUCGAACGGUGAAAAGGUGUUACCCGACGACAAUACAGAUUAUCUGCAAGAGUAUGGCAAGGAGCUUUCUCAAAAUGGCGCAGCAAAUGUCCUCCCAGAUCAAGAAACGGACAACUCUUUUCCAUUCACUAAAGACGAAGCAGACGUGCCAGGAACAGGGGAAACCUGGACAAAUAACGAUGCAGGAGAGCAGGAGAGCUGUAUUUCUGAGGAAGAAAAUCGGUUUAAGAGUGACGACAAACAAUUACGACACAGCAGAGGUAACACAGGAGGACAUCAAAGCCAGGAAGAUAAACCGCAAAUGAAGAAUCCCCCGCUGCAUUCUGAGUCGCAGAGAAAUGGAGAAAUAACGCCACCAUCUGAUGACCUGCUACAAAAUGGACCAGAGGAUGGAGAAAGUGCUUUGCCUUUAAAAGAUGACGCCACCAGACAACUGAGCGGGGAUUGGUUUUAUGCUGACGAUGAUAUGUCUUCAAUAUUUUCUGAUGACGGCCGAGAUAUAUCCUCUGUUGUCCAGGAAAACAGUAUUCUACGAGAGGCCAUGAUUCACUUGAGGAACGAAAACCCAGGAGGAUUUACUGACACAGUCAGCGAAACAUCAGACGACAAUGACGAUCUGUACCCUUACGGAACCCUGGCGCCAACGAACAAAUUUAUUGCAGAUAGAGAUUUGGACGAUGCACGGCUGAAUGAGGUACUGAGAGAGAAAAGGGAGGCUCAGGCAAAAAUGCGACAGUUAGAAAGAGAAAAGGCGUCGGCUGAUAGGAGGUACCGACAAGACAAAAUGGAAAGAGAUUUCCUAGAAGAAAGAUUCGCGUUUAAAGCAUCUCAACUCGAAGAGGAAAUACGAUGUUUAAAACAAGAAAACCAGCGGCUUAAACGUGGAGGUCCACAAGUCAAAGGAACAGCCCCUGCUUCGGAAAAUAACACUCAUGGUGCUCCAAAAACACCUGAAACGGACUCACUUAGCGAAAACGGAGAAGGCAGUAUUCCAGAGAAAAAUGGCUUUGCUAAAGAUAUCGCCAUUUUGGCAAAGGAAAACGAGAAGUUAAGCGAAAUAAUAGACCACCUGCUUGAGUCUCCCAGGGAUGAUUCUCUUAACGAUUUCGUUGACACUUUAGAUAAAUAUGUACCCAAAGAAGAAUACAUUAGAGUUGAAAAUGAAAAGUUUAAGCUGGAGACCGUGCUAAGGGAAAAGGAAAGACAUAUAAAGGAACAGGAACGGGUUCUCGAAGAGACUAGAUUUGACUUGGAGGAAGAAAAUGAAAUUCUGAGAGAAAAUUUGAGAAAGGCCGAAAAUAAGAAUAAAGAAAAAGGAAAACUUUUGAGCCAGUAUGAAAUUAAAAUGAUGGAAGUCAAGACGAAAUUUACAGAAAAGGUUAGCAAGCUGGAGAGCAGACUGGACCAAGAGAUUUCAAAAAAGAACAAACUGGAGUCUGUCAUAAUAAAUCUUAAGAAAUGUAACGAAAAUUUCGAUAAAGAAAUUCAAGGCUUGAAAAAUCGAGUGAAGAAGCUUCAGAAUAAUGAGCUUGAACUGGAAGAAAAGAAUCGACGUGAAAAGGCCGACGUUGAAGGCCGUUUAAGCAAGGAGGCCGACGAGAAAGCAAAGCUCGGAAAGAACGUGGAGGCACUUUUACAAGAUCUAAUGCAAAUGAAGAACAAGAUGCUUGAAGAGACGGAAAAGCAUCGCAACGAGAAGGAACAACUAAGGUCACACUUCGAAAACGAGAGAGCUAAGAUGGCGGAAGCACAAGAAAGGGAUAACCGUCGAAUCAUGUUUGAGUUGGAGGAAGAAAAAAAGCGAAACGAACAGCUCAAGAAACGCAUGGCAGAGAUUCCAGGAGAAACGAUCGUUGCAGUUAUGGAAAAGAAGACUGAGGCUGGACUCUUUGAAAGCACCUUCAAUGGCACUGAGCCAGGUUUAGUAGAAAGAACACCUGAAGAAGUGCAAUUCAUAGAUCUUGAAAAAAAUAACGUUACUGCUAUGAACGAACUACCAGCUAGAAAUGAAGCACUGACUGGAUAUAAGCCUUUAGAAGAUAAUACAGGGAGUAUUAAUAACCUGCAGAAGAAACUGGCAGAGAUGACAAAAUUCAACAGCAUCGUGCAACGAAGAAACAAAGAAAUCGAGGAAGAAAACAUUAAUUUAAAGGAAAAGAUGGAGCGAGUUGGAAGAGACGUACACAAGUUAAAAGAACUCGAAGACAGAAAUGAAGAGCUACAAGAAGAAAUGGGUCGAAACGCAAAAAAACGAAACGAACUACAAAAGAAACAGUCAGAAAUGAUGGAAGAAAUCGAGGACAUUUCUCACAAGUUAAGCAAGGUCGAAGGGAAUAAUUGUGAUCUCUCAAAUGAAGUUGAAAGACUGACAAAGAAGAUAAAAAUUAUGGAACAAGAAUUCGCAGAAGAAAAGGCAAAGUUGGUGUUCUCUCUAGAAAAUGAAAAAUCAAGCGCUCUCAACGAAACGGAGAAACGAUUAAACGAAGACAAGGCAAAAAUAAAGAAACUGGAGAGGGAGAUUGAUGAUUUAAACUCGGACAUUAACACUCUUAAAGACGCCAAAAGAGCAGCCGAAGAAAAGUUUGUUAAUGAUACUCGAGAACUUGUCGAUAGACAUAGUUCAGAGAUCGCAAACGAAAGGGAGAGGUACCGCCAGCUACAGGAUGAACUGAACAACAACGCUGGAGCUGUAAGAAGAAUCACUGAAGAGUGGGAACAAAUGCUCCGAAACGCGGUGAAUCGUUAUGAAGAGGAUGUGCAAAAAAAUGAAGAAGAACGAAGGAAAAUGGCCGAUGAUUUUCAACGACAGAAAGAAGAAAUGAAGUCUAGAUUUGAAAGAGAAAAGGGGAAGUUGGAAGUAAGAGUACAAGAAAUCGAGCGAAUGAGAAGAUCUCCAUUCGAACUUGAAGUAAUACAGGAAACUACAGCCGAAUUUUCCGAAAAUCCACAGAAUUACAUACAAGACGACGGUAAUGAAGAUUUUAAUGAGGACAAAAGCCACAUUAGUAACAUUCUAGCAGAGAAACACGCAAAGAUACGAUCUCUUGUCGCACAGAAACAGAAGUUGGAGCAAAAACUGGAGCAAAUGCAGAAAAGCUUCGAGGAUGAAAAGAAAGAUUUAUGCCAGGAAUACAAGAGAGAAAAACAGAAACUCGAAGAAGUACUCGCAGACGACUACAAAAGAAGACUGGAAGAAAGUAAAAGGUAUUACGAAAGUCUCCUAGAUGAUCAACGAAAAAAAUACGAGAAGAAGGAAGAAGAACUAGAAAAUAAGUUUAGGAGAGAGAGAAAAGAACUGGAAGAAAAACUGAAACAAGAGCUCUCUAACGACUUGUCUUCAAGGAGCGCCGGGCUUGAGAACAAAAUUCAAGAUCUGGUUUCGCAAAAGGUGCAGGAGCAGAAGGAAAUAACAAAGACCGUUGAGACACAAAUGAGAAACAGGCUAAAGGACAUACAGAACGAAAAAAAUGAGAAUAAACGACAAUUCGAGAGAGAAAAGAAGGUAUUGGAAGCCACUAUUCAAGCGCUGACGAAAGAGUUAGCUAAAGCUAAGCAGGAGAAAAAAGAUUUCAAGAAGAAACAGAAAAAGGAUAAGGCAGAAUUAGAGGAAGCAUUUGAAAGCGAAAAGAGAGAGAUGAAGCAGAUGUGGGAGAAGGGCAAAGUGGACACGAUCAACCGAAUCGAAGAGGAAUGGUCAGAAAAGUUAAAAACCGAACAGAUAAAAACAGAGAUCUUUAAAGAAGAACUACAGGAAAACUAUAAAGCCAAACUUAAACAAAUGACGAUCAAGUUUAAAGCCGAGAAAGCAGAGCUAGAAAGGCGUUUGGCAGAUGCUGCGUCCGAAACCACGUCUCUCGAUGAAGCAAAACGGGAAAUGCAGGCUAAUUUGGAAGAUGAAUAUAAAAGAAAAUCACAGAGGGAAAGAGAAAACAUCGAAAGCACCCUACAGGGCCUACGGCGUGAGAUAGAAAAGCUCCAAGAGCAUAGGAAGCAGCUUCAAAGCCAAAUGGAACAAAGGGAGAGCCAGGCUAAGGCAAAUGCCCCACCGUUGUUAGAAACCAACUCGCAGGUAAGGUUUUAAUCAUUGCACCAGUGUCAUUUCUCUUUUGACCUGACAAAACUACAAUCCUGCACAAAAGUCCUUGUGACAGUCAUGCAAUUUCGUAAUCACCAUUAUUUUUUAUGCCGCCUAACAAAAACAUUACUAUUCUUUCGAAAAAAAAACUAGUGCCUUGCCGUUCCUCUUACCCCACCUUAGAUAAUUUUGAAAGGUCGAAAAAAUCGUGGACAUACGAGUAGGGGGCGGGGAGAGGGAGGGUAUGGGCAUGCGUAGGUUUUUAAAGAGACAACACCAACACAUUUGGUGGCACACGGGUGUUCCAACAGUCUCACAUGAAAUGAGUCUUUUACCUAGAAUAGUGUUUAAUUGCAGGUGUUAGCGAAGUUAGACAAUGAGCAUCAGGAACAACUGAAAAGAGAGAAGGAACAACAUGAAAGCAAAUUAAAAGAUCUCCAAACAGAGAUAGAAAAGCUGCACGAGGAUCUUUCAGAUAUGAAGUCAAAGGCCCGUCAAGAGAAGAACCGAGUUAAGGCUGAAUUCGAGAGGGAAAGGGAAGAAAUGGAGGAGCAAUUUGACAAAGAGAGAAACGAAUGGCGCACUAGAAUGGACAUGAUUGCAUCAGUGAGUAGAAUAGCUUUAAAAAUAAACCUUAAACAAACCAUAAUUAUCAACAACAACAACAUCAGCUUGAUGGAAUGCUCCUCCUGACAGUUAAAUUCAAGCUGUCUUCAGCCUCCCCUAAUUAUUCCCCUCGUUAUUCAAUGACAAACACAUACAAAGUUAGCUGAACGCUGACGUUUUUCCAUAUACGACCCCACCUCAAUUCAGAGCUCGCUUCUUCGUUACAAUAAGUACCUACGAGUGCAACUUUACGAGGAAGUUAUCACCGGUGUCGUACGCCAGGUUUGUGGUCUGAGGUUCACGUUGGUACGACUAGACCACGCUGUAGUGGUAAGUCAUUUACCUCAAGGAUCUUUUCACCCUAAAACAUCACAAUCCCACGUUUGCUGAUUAUAAUUAUAGAAUUCAUUUUUAUAGGAAGACAUCUCUCAACUCCGACAAUAGAAGUAAGCGUAUGAAUGUCAACAGACUUGGCAGCCGUAAGCUACCACCCUCAAAUAAGGGCAGACCGGUAACGGAAAACUGCUAACCGCAAACGGUGUUUGCCGUUUGCGGUAAGAUGCCCAAACCUCAGCAACGAGAUCAAUGUAACAAUUGACCAUCAAUGGCCUCCACGGUUGGUACUUGAAGUCCAACCUAAUGGUCCCUAAUGAUAUAAGAGGUUUCUCACGCUAAUUAAAAUUAAGUUGUUAAUGCCUUACCUACGACUUGAUCAUUGCAGAGAUCUGCUGCGCAUCUUGAGCGAGGAUCACGUGAUGGCAGGCAGAGAGACUCCAAUGGAAGAGGAAGAAUGCACCGUGGUGGGAACACAUGA